CAGAAACAGUCGAACACAGGCUAACCUAUGGGAUAGACACUUGUCUUUGAUUUUUCAUACGUUUCGAAUUGCAAAUCUGAAAAAGAAAGCACAAAAUUCAGACACUGUGCAAAUCGGUAAACGGCUCGACCGACGCUCACGGUCAUCUCGUGCUCUUCGUGCACGCGGCUGGCAGGUUAAUUCGGCCAGGAAGCGAGGUCUUUGAUUGAAAACUCUCAUCUCGGCUAGCGUCAGGCUAGCCAGCCAGCUAGCUAGCGGCUAACGUCGCUAACAGUAGUUAGCUAGCUAGCGAGCUGUAGUAAGUGGCGUCAUGGAGGAGCUGGUUGUGGAAGUAAGAGGGACGAGUGGAGCCUUUUAUAAGGCUUUCGUGAAGGACGUUCACGAGGGAUCAGUCACUGUGGCAUUUGAAAACAAUUGGCAGCCUGAGCGUCAGAUCCCGUUCCAGGACGUGCGCUUUCCUCCGCCGACGGGCUUCAGCAAAGACAUAAACGAGAGCGAUGAGGUUGAGGUGUAUUCAAGGGCAAAUGACAAAGAGCCAUGCGGCUGGUGGCUGGCAAAGGUUCGCAUGGUGAAAGGAGAGUUUUAUGUAAUAGAGUACGCUGCGUGUGACGCUACAUUAAACGAGAUUGUGACGCUGGAGAGGCUACGGCCGGUCAACCCGAACAAACCAGCCUCUAAAACCACCUUCAUUAAGAUCCGACUGGACGUACCCGAGGAUCUACGGCAGAUGUGCUCCAAGGAGUCGGCGCACAAAGACUUUAAGAAAGCCAUCGGAGCGUUCAGCAUCACCUUCGACUCCGAAAAGAAGCAGCUAGUUAUUUUG